AUGGUGCUUUCUAUACGCCCCGCAAGAGAGGCAGACUUAGAGACAGUUGGAAACAUCGCAGCAGCAGCCGUCAAUCCCACCACAGACGCAAUAUCCCGCCGCUUGUUUCCACCUGACCUCCAACCGACGAACAUGCCAGCUGGCGAAGCAUGCAGACAAUGGCGAUCUGCUCGCAAGACCUCGCGCUUCCACUCCAACGGCACUGCUCUAAUGGUGGCCGCAGACGAUGCUCUGCACGGGCAGAUUGUUGGCUUUGCGCUGUGGGACGUCCCAGUCCCAGCUAGCGGUGGCGGCUGCGAGCCGCGCCAACCCCAAGAACCAGAACCAGAACCAGGACCUGCUGUGCAUGCGCAUCCGGGCCUAGACCAGUCCGCCUUAGCUGAAAUGCGUCGGAUCCUGGCAGACGAUGCGCGCGCGCAUUUCGGGGACGAGAUGAAAAGGAAUGUGUGGCGUAUGUGCACCUCGCGCGGUUUAGCUACGAUGCCAGCAGACUAA